AUGCCCUUCUUUAUACAGACACUGUCUCUGGGCACCAGUGUUUCCCCUGAAAAUCAGCUACAGACUCCAGACAUCCAUAAGUGGAUCAUGCUGCACUACAGUCCCUUGAAAGCAGCAUGGGAUUGGGUCAUCCUGCUGCUGGUGCUCUACACUGCAAUCUUCACCCCCUAUUCAGCGGCAUUCCUCCUGAACGAGCUGGCAGAGAAACGGCGGCACAUCUGCAGUUACGCCUGCAACCCACUCAGCAUUGUGGAUGCCAUUGUGGAUGUUCUGUUCAUGGUAGACAUUGUGAUUAGCUUUCGCACCACAUAUGUCAAUCAUAAUGAUGAGGUGGUAACACAUCCAAAACUCAUUGCCAUCCAUUACAUCAAAGGCUGGUUUCUUAUUGACAUGGUGGCUGCCCUUCCUUUGGACCUCCUCAUCUUUAAAUCCGGGUCAGAUGAGACAACAACCACCCUGAUUGGUCUCCUGAAAACUGCACGACUGCUCCGAUUGGUCCGUGUGGCUCGGAAGUUAGAUCGGUACUCAGAGUACGGAGCUGCAGUCCUAGUCUUGCUCAUGUGCACAUUUGUGCUUAUUGCUCAUUGGCUGGCAUGCAUCUGGUAUGCUAUUGGCCAUGUGGAGAGGCCCUACAUGAAAACAGGCUGGUUGGAUAACCUUGCUGAUCAACUGGGGAAGUAUUACAAUGAAAGUGAUGCCACCUCAGGACCUUCUAUAAAGGAUAUGUAUGUUACUGCCCUGUAUUUCACCUUCAGCAGCUUGACCAGUGUGGGUUUUGGGAAUGUUUCACCAAAUACCAACUCUGAAAAGAUCUUCUCCAUCUGUGUUAUGCUUAUUGGCUCGCUCAUGUAUGCCAGCAUAUUUGGAAAUGUCUCAGCAAUUAUACAGCGGCUUUAUUCUGGAACCACACGGUACCACACGCAGUUGCUGAGGGUAAAAGAGUUCAUCCGUUUCCAUCAUAUACCACCAGGCCUAAGGCAGAGGCUUGAGGAGUAUUUCCAGCAUGCUUGGUCCUAUACCAAUGGCAUUGAUAUGAUUGCAGUUUUGAAAGGUUUUCCUGAAUGCCUACAGGCUGAUAUUUGUCUGCACUUGAACCGCAACCUGCUAGAAAACUGCAAGGCCUUCAAAGGAGCCAGUAAAGCCUGCCUAAGAGCCCUUGCCAUGCGUUUAAAAACCACCCACUCCCCACCAGGGGACACUCUCUACCAUCAUGGCGAUAUUCUCCAUACCUUGUACUUUAUCUCACAUGGCUCAAUUCAGGUGUCCUGCAGUGAUGUUGUGCUUGCUAUACUGGGCAAGAACAAUAUCUUUGGUGAGCCCAUUUACCUGUACACAGAACCUGGCCACUCCAGUGCUGAUGUGAGGACACUCACCUAUUCUGAUCUCCAUCAAAUCCAAAGAGAUGAUCUCUUGGAGGUACUAGAUAUGUACCCAGACUUUGCUGAAACUUUCUGGAGAAAUCUGGAGAUCACCUUCAACCUCAGAGAAGUAGAUCAGGUCCUUCACACUCUACACAAUGAAGAUAAUAGCUGCCAUUAUCAUAUUAAUCACCCAAGAUGUCAAAAAAACUCACUGGAGAGACGCAACAGGCCAGAUGGAAUGGAUCAAGAUGAUUCCUAUUCAGUUCAAACAUGUACCGGCCUGGGUGAUCACUGCUUUGCUGGCCCUCACUGGGAUGAGCAGUGUAGCUGUGACUCCUCCAUAACACAAUCAAGUGAGAACAUCAACAAACCACCACUUUCCCACAGCCAGGUCUACACCCCUGAAGGAAACCCCCAGGAUUACCCUUCGUCUGCAUUACGGGCGAUUCCACCCAACAGCAAAACUGGGUCAGGCAAAGGUAUCUACUCCAAUCUUCAACCACACUAUGGCAGUGUUCAUCUUUCUGGAUUGUACCAUUACUGGCCAGAUCACUGGCCCACUCAGUUUGCAGGACGUUCUUACAGAUCCUCUUCCAUCCAAGCCUCAAGUCACCCAACUCCAUUUGAUGAAGAGUGUCCCAGCGAGCUUGAAUCAAGACUUGAGUUACUGCAAAGUCAGCUUAACAGACUGGAGGCAAGAAUGACUGCAGACAUUAACAUGAUUCUUCAGCUUCUACAGAGACAGAUUACGCCUGUUCCCCCAGCAUAUAGCUCUGUAUCACCUAAUAGCCACUGCGCAGACCUAUCCUUCCUGUAUGAACGUAGUGGACCAGUGCUCUUCAACCUGUACCCCAUUCAAUUGGAAACCAGAACUACCAUGAUCCAGAGCACGAUCAAGCCUGAUCCAGAGUUCACACCAAAGUCUUUGGAUUCUCAGCUAAGCAGCAUCCAUACGAUGACAACAGAAAAGAAUCAACACAGCCUCAGACAUAGCUUAAAGUCAACCCCCAGUGUAACCCCUACUUUCCAGGCAGCACCCCCUGUGAUGGAUACAACACAACUUCUCGCUUCUUUGAGGUUCUCCUCAUCACCAGACAAUUUAGACUCCUCGUUAGCCCUGGCUGAAAUCCCUAAACAUGUAUCCGACCCCGUCUUAGCCAUUAACCCCAGACUGCCAAGAAAAUAAUGUCCAAAAUCAACAAAUCUAAUGGCAACUGAGCUUUUAUCUGAAGUUUUUCUUUAAUACCUAUAGGCAGAGCUGUGUGUUCAGAGUUUGGAUUGCAUCACUGGAGAAAAAUAAAUGACUAAGUUUCAUCAAAAUGUAAGCUAUGUUUGUAAAGAAGGGAAUACCAGGGACCAGGGACAGGAAAAA